AUGAUCUACGGCAAGAAAUUCAACAGGCACUUGCGGCGCUUUUGUGCCCGUGCCCGAUCACUUGGACUUCUCGGGGAGCGACUGCUUUUGUUCACGUUAGACCAGGAAGCCUUCGAGCUGUGUCUCCAAGAGAACGGCCAGAGGUGCAUCCGAGGAACUCCUUCCAUAGUGAACAAGUUCACACUGCCUUUGAUGUGCGCGCGUCUGGGGCUGGACACUGUGUGGAUCGACUUGGACGUUUUCCUUAUGGCCGAUCCAACUCCAGCUAUUCUGGAACACGCUGCGCGGGGACCACACGACCUCUUGGUGUCUGGCUCGUUUGAGGCGGACUGCAUUUGUAACGGCAUCGUAUACUUCCGCGCUACACGUGUCAUUGUGGACUGGCUGCUGGCCGUCAUUGUUUGGAUGUACCAUCAUCCCUACGAGCAUGACCAAAAGACCUUCAGCGCGUUUCUCAACUACACUGAGAGGGUCACCAAGGAUGACUUGGACUUGCCAGAAAUUCCGUCAUGGGACACCUUGGACCCCAUCAAUCAGUUCGUGACACCAGACACUUUCGAGGGUAACGGGUGGACGGGCGACUUAGACAAGAUCCUCAUCUACCACUUCCUGAAUGGCUUCUUGGAGCUUGCGGGGCAUGAGCCCGCCGUAGCGUAUUACUGCCGCUUGCAUGCCAUCGAGCUGCUGAUGCGAGCCCAUCAGAAAGGGGAAACCUCCCCAGAAGAGAAACAGUUGCUCCUUGCUGAGCUACAGAAGGCAGAAGACAUCAAGAAGGCCCUCAACAUCUCAAGCACUGAUGGCCAAGCAACUGCAGAGUCCUUUGCCUUGCGUGUGUUCGAUGCUGCUGAUGCAGCGGACAGAUCUGCAAACGACAAAAGCACUCAGGCUGCUGCAGUCAGCAAGCUUUAUGCAGCAGCACUUUUCUUGGAUGUGUGCGCCCAAUUCCAUGACGGGGAGCUUCCUCCGGAUCUUGCUGAAAAGGCCCGCUACGCCAGAUUCAGAGUUGUGCAAAUCCGGGAAGGCUUAAAGCAAGGCAUCCCCUCCUAUCCAGCCGCGGCUGAAGCUGGGGCAGAGACACAGGCCUCGCCGGCGUUGCCUAUUUCUGGCUAUUCAGCAAGCUCCGCGGCCCCUGCAGGAGUCGUGGCGCCUCCCGCUGUCCAGAUGCCUGUUUCGCAGCCUCCGCAGCCCGCGCGGCCUGCAUCCUCGGCAGUGCCAAAGCCAAGCAUCACCGGUGCCGGACGAGACGAAGCUCGCAAACAGCUCGAGUUGGCUGUAUCAGCCCUCGAUUUCCGAGAUGUUCCGACAGCGCGGAAAUGUCUGGAAGAAGCAUUGCGACUUCUCGGUGAAUCCGACACAGGGUCAGGACUGGAUCCCAGCGGCACGUGGGUGCGGCAGCAUGGACACUUCACUGACGCGGGCGGCGCUGCCCCAGGGAAGUGCAACAGCGAAUCCUGCCAGCGCGGCAAGGUGAGCUUGAUGGACCUGUUUUAUGGGCAGGAGGAGGAGCUGUACACCACAGCGAAACCUGCCUACGAGAACCAGAUGCUUCGACGAGCACUGCUUUCCGCUCGCAAGGCUGAACGCAGCACAAAAUUCCUCGGCCGUCCUUGUGGGCCAAUGGCGUCUGGGCAUAAGAGCAGAGUCGUUUUACGGGUCAUAGGUAAUGCCUCAGCACUGCAUGGCACCGCAACAUCCCCCCCGCAUUGA